AUAUAUUAUGAAAUUUACUGUUCUUAAUAAGCCUUCAAAUGACAGAGUCACCAAAGCAUGGUGCAGUUCCACCUACAGGAACUCCUGAAUCUGCAGUGAGCAUUGGUUCUAAGAAAGCCCAAGUGCCUAAUAAUCUGGGUUGUCUUUCGAGAAGCUUGCGUGGACACACUUCAGACAUUGUUUGGUCAGGCAGUGCAUGGACAUGUGGCAAACAACUUAAGCAUUACCCAGCAUUUUGCCGUAAUGGGACUAGUAUAGCGAUUCAAUCGUUUGUCUUUGUCAUGGCCAAGGAAGAAAAUCACUAUGUUGCUUACCUGGAAGAUAUGUAUGAAGACAAACGAGGGCAGAAGAAAGUCAAAGUGAGGUGGUUUCACCAUAACAAAGAAGUUAAGGGUGUGAUUCCUGUCAAAAAUCCUCACCCAAAAGAAGUUUUUAUCACACCUUAUUCACAGGUCAUUAGUGCAGAGUGUGUUGAUGGUCCAGCUACUGUUUUAACUCGUGAACAUUAUGAGCAAUGCUUGGACACUUUUCCUAAUGCUUUAUUAGCCAGAGUACAUCUAUGUUAUAGGCAGUUCAGAAGUAAUAGAGUGAAGCCCUUUGAUUUGAGUAAAUUACGUGGCUAUUCUGAGCAACCAAUUGUCUCAUGUUUGAACUCUAGUAUCUUUGCUGAGCCAGAUUCUAUAAGCCAUGGUGUAAAUGAAGAAGAGGAAGAAGAACUGAGCCUAGGCGAAGAAGUAAAGCUAGGAAAUAAAAGGACCAGAACUGAGAGGGGUUUCCACUCAAUGGAUUAUGAAUUUUCAUACAAGAAUAUAAAAUAUGGUUUCUCAAGCAAGAGAUUGCUUUCCCUGAAGCAUGUUGACUCUCAGUCCUGGCCUCACCCAGUUUUUAAGGUUGAUGAAAAGAUAGAAUUGCUGUGCCAAGAUAGUGGAAUCAGAGGCUGUUGGUUCAGAUGUACGAUCCUUCAAGUAGGCAGAAAACAGAUGAAAGUUCAAUAUGAUGAUCUGCAGGAUGAAGAUGGGUAUGGCAAUCUUGAGGAAUGGAUCCCUGCUUUCAAGCUGGCUGUGCCUGAUAAACUUGGCAUGAGGUGUUCAGGUCGUCCGACAAUUCGACCUUCCCCUCCCAGUGCUCAAACGGAUCUUGUUCUUCAGGUUGGGAUUGCAGUUGAUGCAUGGUGGAGUGAUGGCUGGUGGGAAGGAGUUAUAACUGGAGUGAACAAUGGUGGUGAAGAUAGUAUGCAAGUUUACUUUCCUGGUGAAAAUCUCUCCUUGAACAUUAAUAAGAAGGAUCUAAGAAUUUCCAAAGAUUGGGUGGGGGACCAGUGGAUUGAUAUUGAGGCAAAACCCAAUAUAAUCUCAGUCAUAACUGCUGCGGCUAGCCUGGACACAAAAGUUUCAAUCUCUUCUGUAGCCAAGGAUGACAAUUCUAAUAAUUUUGCUACACCAGUCAGUGAGGUUCCUACUGCUCCUAAAGUGGAUAGUGUUCAAGAGCACACACCCCAAUUGGCUAUUCAAGGUUGUUCCAACAUUAUUCAGGAAGACCUGGACUGCACUGAUGGCAAUAAGCCUGGAAUAUCAAAUGAUGAAAAAGAUGAGGGUGACAGUGAUAGUAAGGAACCUCCACUGAAAAAUGAAAGUGAUGGGGAUGGUGGUGAUGACACAAACAAUGCUCUUGGUAAAUCAGACAAUUUGGAAGGUGAUAACAACAGUGGCAACGACCAUGGAAAUGAAUCAAAUGGUCUCAAGGAAGGCAGGCUAGAAAUGGAACUUGAGAAUUCCGAGAACUGUAAAUCCGUCAAACUCAUGGAAGUCACCUCAUAGGUUGUUUAAGAUAAGUAUGCAAUACAAUCUAUUUUAAUUCUGGUGAUGGUGUUACUAAUGUUGGCUGAUUUGGUUUAGUUGGUCAUGGUUUUUGUAAAUAGUGAUAUGCACAAAUGGUGCAAAGUCGUGUUUUGGCUUGACAUCAUGGCCUUGGUAGGUGUACAGUAGUGACUAGUGAGAUUAGAUUUUCUUCAUGGUUCCUGUUGUAGCUCAUUGCAUUGUAUCAAAAACGGGGUUGGCAUUCAAAUUCCUUGGUUAGGAUUUAGGAUCUCCUCUACGCAACAUGAAGUGUAGUCAUAUCUUCCUCGGCACUCUACAGUCUCAGAUUCAGAAUUCCUCUCGCUCUUUUUUUGAAAAACUCUGUAGAAUUCUGUAUUUUGAAAGUUUAGCAGUAUAAUCCAUGACAGUGACUGGAAAAAAC